AUGCCUGAGCACCACGAGACCCGCGACCUCUGGUUUCAAAGCAACACCCGCUUGAGCAUUGCCGCACCGCCAGUCGUCUACCACCCGCUGUACUCUGCGCCGCAGCUGGCCCCCGGGCACCGCUUCCCCAUGGCCGUGUUUUCCACCAUCCACCGCCUGCUGCUGGCUGACGGUGUGGUGGACCCGCGGCAGGUGCACCAGCCCUCCGCACUGCCGGGCCGCGACCUGCUACACCUGGCACACGCCGCCGAGUAUGUGGAUGCAUUUUGUGGGGGCAGCCUGGACGAGCAGCGGGUGCGGCGCAUUGGGUUUGGGGAGGCCACUCGCACGCGGCUGCUGGUGGACAGAACGCUGGCAGAGGUGGCAGGCACUAUCCUGACCGCUGAGCUAGCUCUUGGGCAUGGCCUGGCCUGCAACACCGCAGGGGGCACCCACCAUGCCUUUUCCGACUAUGGUUCAGGCUUCUGCAUCCUCAAUGAUCUGGCAAUCACCGCGCAGCUGCUGCUGCACCAGCGCCGCUGCCAGCGAAUCCUCAUCCUUGACCUGGAUGUGCACCAGGGCGACGGCACCGCCGCCAUCUUCAGCGGCAGGCAGGACGUGUUCACCCUCAGCGUGCAUGCCGCCAGCAACUUCCCCGCCAGGAAGCAGGCCAGCCAUCUGGACAUUGCGCUGCCGGACGGUACUGCUGACAAUGAGUACCUGCGGGUGGUGGCAGAGUCGCUGUCGGGAGUGCUUCAGGCAUUCCGCCCCGACCUGGUGUUGUACGAUGCUGGAGUGGACCCUCAUGCUGACGAUGCCCUGGGCCGCCUGGCUCUCAGCGACGCGGGGCUGUGGCGCCGCGAGCUGCUGGUUCUCGACAGCUGCUUGGGCAUGGGCGUGCCCGUGGCCGCCUACGUGGGAGGCGGCUACCACGCUGAUCUCGAGGUGCUGGCGAGGCGCCACUGCUGGCUGCACCGUGCAGCGGCACAGAUGUGGGAGGAGCACGGCCUGUAG